CAGGCUCAGCCCCUCUGCGGCAUCCGACGACACCCUCGUGCAACAUGAGCUACAGCAGCGACCUGCGCUUCCCGGCCUCGUCCUACGGCAAGAAGGCCAUGGGGGAGUCCCCGUCGAGGCUGGCCUUGGGCAGCCGGAGCCUCCUGCACGGGGGCACGCGGGGCGGGGCGCCGUCGCUGCUGGGGGCCCCCCAUGCCCGCGGCGGCAGCGGCCCCCGCUCGUCCUAUUCGUCGUCGUACCGGCGGCUGCCGGCCCCCAGCAGCUCGCUGGACCACCUGGAGGUGUUGCUGUCGGCGUCGGCGCCGUCGAGCGCGCUGAGCAACGAGCUGAAGAUCGUGCGCACCAACGAGAAGGAGCAGCUGCAGGGCCUCAACGACCGCUUCGUCACCUACAUCGAGAAGGUGCACCAGUUGGAGCAGCACAACCGGCUGCUGGAGGGCGAGGUGGCGGCGCUGCGGCAGCGCCAGGCCGAGCCGUCGCGCCUCCAGCAGCUCUACGAGCAGGAGAUCCGCGAGCUGCGCUCCAAGGUGGAGGCGCUGCGCCACGACGGAGACCAGGCUGCCCUCGAGAGUCAGCAGCUGGCCCGCUCCCUCCAGCGCCUGCGCGACGAGGCGGCCCACGAGGCCCAGCGCCGCCAGGAGGCCGAGGGGGCGCUGCGCGACGCCCGCAAGGAGGCCGACCGCGCCGCCCUCGCCCGCCUCGACCUGGAGAAGAAGGUUGAGGCCCUCCUCGACGAGAUCGCCUUCCUCCGCCACGUCCACGACGAGGAGGUGGCCGAGCUGCAGGCCGAGCUCCAGGAGGCGCAGGUCUCUGUGGAGAUAGACGUGAGCAAACCGGAUCUCACAGCAGCCUUGAAGGAGAUCCGUACUCAGUAUGAAGUCUUGUCUGCCCGAAACCAGCAGUCUGCUGAGGAGUGGUACAAAUCCAAGUUUGCCAAUUUCACUGAGGAGGCAGCCCGCAGCAGCGACAGCAUCCGCCAGGCCAAGGAGGAGAUUUCCGAGUACCGCCGCCAGCUGCAAGCCCGAAACAUCGAGAUGGAGGCCCUGCGCAGUGCCAACGAGUCCCUGGAAAGGCAACUGCAGGAGGUGGAGGAGAGGAACAGCGAGGAGAUCCGUAACAUGCAGGAGACUGUAAACCAGCUUGAAAAUGCCUUGAGGACAACCAAGGGAGAGAUGGCCCGCCACCUCCGGGAGUACCAGGAUCUGCUGAAUGUGAAGAUGGCCCUGGAUAUUGAAAUAGCCGCAUAUAGAAAACUGCUGGAAGGAGAAGAGACCCGGCUCAGCACUGUCACCAGCAGCAGCACAUUCGGCCUCAACUAUCCUUUCUCUUCAAGCCCUUUGGCCAGCCUCAGGGGCUUCUCAACUAGCUUGGUUACUGUCAGGAAGGAGGAGAAGGGGGAUGGCCCCGAGGAAGCCAAGGUCUUAAGGGAACUGAAGACUGCAGAGGAAGAGGAGGAGGAAGAGUCUGGAGAUGAGAAAGUGGGCAAAGCAAUGGCCACAGAUUAGACUGGCUGGAAGCAUCUUCAGAAUUCCUCAUGAGGGAGAAGAAAAGUUUGUGUUUUUUCAACCCCAGGCUGCUUUUCACGGUUGGUUUUUCAGACAUGGGAUGGUUCUUGGGAGAUGUCUGCAUAAACAUCAGAAAUCAGACCACCCCCACCCAGCAGCUCAAUUUCCAGCUAUAUCAGGGACUUGGUUGGAUGAUGCAUCACAGGGUGUGCAGAGUUUUAGGCAGAUGUAUUAAAUAUGUAGUUGACUGGGCCCCUUAGCCCCUGUAAGUCUCCCCAGGUCUGAAACACUUGAUGAGAAAUGUAGCUGCUGCUUCUAAUUCUUCACCUCUCUUUCUCCUCCACACCAUUUGUCUUGUUAAACUGUAAACUUUAGAGUCCUCAGUCACUGCCCUGUUUGCAGCUGGUCUUCAAACUCUGUUUGCUGCAGUAAGGAUCUUAAUACUUUACAAUUAUCCAGCCACUUCAGUAAAAUACAUCUUUAACUUAAAGCAGAAAUGGAAUGGUGAAAAAGUCCUGAGAAGCUUCUACACAGAGAAUCCUCCCCAUUUAUUUACUUCCUUUAUGGUCUGUCUUUCUUGCUGAAAAUCUGGACAGACUGCUCCUCCAAACCCUGUGAUUUCCAGCCUAGGAGCAGGAUGGCACAAAAAGUAUGUCCCAUUGCUUGUUCUAAUCAAGUUGAUCUACUGGUGUUAGAACAUCCACAGCAAUGGUUUUGCUGACCUCAUUUGAGUUGAAGGACCACAACUGACUCUUAACAGGUGUUCCCCUUUUAUUUCUGAAUGCCUAAACAUCUGUUUCCAUUCACUGGUUCAUGUAAAGACAACUGGUCUUUGGUCUUUUUGUAGUUCCUUGUUUUAUUUUUUAAAAAAUAUGGGGGAAUAGCUUCUGUAGUGCUUUCAGUGACAAGCCAAAGUACUCAGAAACAGAAAGACUGAAGAAAAAAUAAAGCUUUGAUCACCUGUAGACUUUCUGUAGAACUUCCAUGUUUCCGUUAGUGUCUUCAGUCCCUUUACUGUGUCCAGACUCGGGGCCAAACUGCACAUUGGACAUAAGACUAGAAUGAUCUUCUCAGAAGUAAAUCCCACUUUAUUCAGUGGGGCUUACUUCUAGGAAAGUGCUCUAAGGAUUGCAACUAUUGUUACUCAACCAUGUAUUGCCUUUUCAAGCCUGCUCCAAAUGAUUCCUUUGCAAGAGCUACAGUAUUUACUCACAUGCAAGACUAGUUUUUUUUUCCAGGUAUGCCAUAUAAAAGAGGAGGUUGUCUUACAUUUGUAUACAAGUUACAAUUUUGUAGAUAAUAAUUUUUUUUAUUGUUAAGUGUACCAUUUUUUGGGGGGGAGGUCAUCUUCAUUUUGAGUAAAUACGGUAAUACACACACACACACCCAUUUCAAAUGUAAGUUUUCUUGCAGUUUGACCCUAAGAACAUGGGCUUCCUCCACACAUCAUUAGAUAUUCUGCUGUCAUCACACUAUGGUAGUAAUUCACAACUGGAUUGGCUUGUGCAAAUGAUUGCUAUAGCACACUGAUUGUCAAACAUUCAAAAUUGUGUGAGUGGAAAACCUAGAGUAGAAAAUGUGUAUUGCAUAACUAGUAGGAAGAUUUAGCUGGAUAUAUUGAAUGUACAGCCAACACUGGCUGAUCCCCAAGGGUUGUGGGGCCUUCAAGACCGGUUGAGGUGUUGGAGAUUGGUUCAACUGUUUUGAAAUUCUGCUGGUAAAGUUUUUAUCAAUUUAAGUAAUGUGAAAAAAUUUAGCAAAGCUUCAGCACAAUCCAAGUGUGAAAUAUACCAGGAGCAUGUGUUAGUUUGUGCUGACUGUUUUUAAAAAUGACUGUGAUCCAAAUGUCUGCAUUGUGGGAUUUUUGAACUUCUGAA